AUGGUUCCUAAUGAUUUUUAUGAGUUACAACAUGAGUUUGAAUGUGAAUGCGCACAAGGCUAUGUGGCCAACCCAGAAAUUUCGAGAUCCAUGUGUUUCCAAGAUCCGUGUUUAACGCAUAUACCUCCUCACGUUACAGAUGCUUUAGGUUAUAAUCGUGAAACAAAAACUUGUGAAUGUGGUCAAUUUUAUACCAAUAUAAAUGGGAAUAAAAGUAAUCCAUGUACGGCAUGUCCCGAUCCAGAAUUUGAAAAGGAACGACUUGAUACAUUCGUAGACUGGCCCCUGUCUUUGUGGUUAUCUCCCGAAGAUUUAGCAGCUGCGGGUUUUUAUUAUCUCAGAAAUAAAGAUCUCUGCGCCUGUUAUUUUUGCAAGGGUAUCGUAGGUGAUUGGGAAAAGGAUGAUACACCCCUCAUAGAACAUUGUAAACUUUUUCCCCAUUGUCCCUUCGUUAGAAAUCAACCAACGGCAAACAUCAACCUGGGUCAGAGUUGCAUUUUAGACCAGAUAAUUCCAAUUCCAGAAACAAAGAAGAAAGAGACGACACCAUAUUCUUGCAGAUAUAAUACGUUUGAUGCAAGACUGCAAAGUUUUAAUACUGAUCAGAGGCUAAAGUAUUGGCCUCUAGAAAUACAACAACAACGACUGACAAUCUGUGAUUUAGCAGAAGCAGGUUUUUAUUACUUGGGCUUUUUGGAUAUGGUACAAUGGUCUUGUGGUGUAGGUCUUCACAAUUGGGAGGAAAAUGAAGAACCAUGGAAUGUACAUGCACGUUGGUCCUCAAGUUGUGAAUUUUUAUUACUGAGCAAGGAGGCUGAUUUUAUUAAAAAGGUUCAAGAUCAAACUCCUCCUUACAAACAAAGUAAUUCAGCAGUUAAGCCCCAGAAGAUUUAUCAAGUAAAGCUAUCGGAUGAUGAUAUGACCUAUUUAAUGAAUAAAAAUAGUAUAAUAAAGAUGGUUAUAAACAUGGGAUUUCCUUCCGAAAAUGUAAGACGCUCUCUUUAUAAAGAACUUGAAGAGAAUGGUGUCCCCUUUUAUAAUCUAGAAAAGUGUAUUGAAGCAGUUUUGGAAUUUAUGGAGACCGAG